CUCUGCCUGCUGCCGCGUUACCAAGGCAGAGCCGGGGCAGGGGCGGGGCUCAGCCCGGAAGGGGGCUGGCGGGGAGAGCGGGCCGAGCCGGGGACGCUGCCGGCCGGGCCGGGCGGGGCCGGCGCAGCGCCCGCCCCUCUCGGUGCCUGGCGGCCGACGGGAAACGGCAUGGCUCCCGGCGUGGAGCUGGGUUUCGCGGCGGCGGCGGAGGGCCCGGGCGGUGCCUGGCGGCUGCACAGCACCUACUUCCCCAGCAAGGUCGGGGGGCGGCCGGCGUGGCUGGGCGAGUCCGGGCUGCCGGGCCCCGCCAUUCUGCGCUGCGGCCGCUGCCAGCAGCCCUGCGCCUUCCUGCUCCAGCUGUACGCGCCACUGCCCGGCCGCCCCGACGCCUUUCACCGCACCCUCUUCGUGUUCGCCUGCCGCAGCCCCGCCUGCUACCGCCUGGCGGGCCCGUGCGGGCCUUUCCGCGUGUUCCGGAACCAGCUGCCGCGGUGGAACGACACGUACCCCGAGGAGCCGCCCCCCGAGGAGCCGCCCCCGGGCCCGGCCCCCGCGCCCCCGCGGCGGCUGGGCAGCGGCGCCGCGCUCUGCCGUGUAUGCGGCUGCCUCGGGCCGCGCUGCUGCGGGCGCUGCCGCCGCGCCGCCUACUGCGGGCCCGAGCACCAGGCACUGGACUGGCGGCGCGGGCACCGCCGCUCCUGCGGCCAGCACGCCGCCGGAGAUGACUCGGCAGAUUCAAUUCCAGAGCAUAAUGAAUUCCUUUUUCCAGAAUAUGAAAUUUUGAUAGAACCUGAGGAACCAGAAUUUCCUGCUGACAGCACUGAUGAUGAACAAGAAGCUGAAGAAACAUCGAAAGACACAAAAGAACAAGAGGAACUUAGAGCUGCAGGCACUGCAGAUGAAGCAUUUCAGUCCUUAGAUGAAGAGACAUUGGAAGCAAUGGCAAAACAUGAGACUGAAGAAGAAAAGAUCUUCCAAAUGUUUAAAAAACAAGUAGCUGCUGAACCAGAGCAGAUGCAGAACUGCAGACAGAAAGAUCUGGAUUGCAUUCCUGACUGUGUGCAGAUUAUUAGAUACUGCAGAGGAGGAGAAGGUCCACUCUGGGUGUCAGGUGAAAACAGGCCUGAAGAAAAAGAUAUCCCAAAUUGUAUAUGUGGUGCCAAAAGGAUAUUUGAAUUCCAGAUUAUGCCACAGCUCCUGAAUCACCUUCAGGUUGACAGCCUUGGAGAGAGCAUUGACUGGGGAACGCUGGUGGUGUACACUUGUGCUGAGAGCUGCAGUGGGGGAAGUGAAUACCUGGAAGAGUUCAUAUGGAAACAAGACUAUUCCAUGGGCUGUACUUUAUGAAGCUGUGUCAUCCAAAUGGAAAACUUGAUUUGUUUCAUUGCAUCUCUGCACUAUGCAAACAGGUAGUUGAACUGAAGUCACUGAUAACUGCAUCUUGUAACAGUGAUAAACUGCUGUAACUAGACCUUGCCAGCCUCUCUUGUGCUCCAGAGGAGCUUUUACUUCAACAUGGUGAUGAAACCAGAUGCAUUUGUUCAGAAAGCUUAAUUUCAAAUCUCAUUUCUGGAAGCUUAUUAAAUAAAUAUGAAAAGCUUU